UUCCAUGUUCAAGAAAUAAAUGUGCAGAUUAAUAUCCUUAUUAUUUUAGCUUAUUACAUUAGUUUAAUAAUAGAUUCUAGUUUAUUUUUGUUUCAUCAUGUUUGAAUUGUUAAAAGAAGGUCCAUACGUUUGUAUCCAUUGUGGCUAUCCGGACAACAAAGAUGUCUAUAAAAUUUAUGGCGAUCAAGUCAAAUAUCAUAGCCGAUCGCCAUCAUCAGCAUUAUGGCUGGCUACAACAUCAUCAACAACUUCAGCCAUUAUCAAUGAUAAUAAUGAUGUUCAUAAUCAUAAAAAGCAAAGUAAAUUAACACCACGAUUGACCAAAUGUCAACGCUGUCAAAAAUUGGUGGAUGAAUAUGUUCAAUUGGAUUAUAACAUUCUAUGUUUGGAUGCCAUCCUACAGAAGAUUACAUUCUAUCGUCAUAUCCUACAUAAUUGCCGAAUGGCAGGCAAUAAAAGUUCAUUGAAAAUGGCGUUAAUUUUCUACUUUUGUGAAGCAUUUCAACGUUGGUCUACAUCAAACGGUGUCACAUUCACAUCGGAAAAGAAAACCACAGUAUCGCCAUCAUUGUCAGAUUCAUCAUCAUCACAUUUAUCAUCAUAUUUUCAGUUCGAACCCUUACCUUUUUCAUGAACAAAAAGAACAGUUCUCAUUAUCCAAUCAACAAGAACUGGAUAUCAUCAUUCAAAGAAAUGUUUAUGUCGUUGAUCAUUUGUUCAUAU